AACUGCGGUAUCAUUAGACCAUUAUCCACUGAGUUAGUUCAUACAUGCAUAAAGAGCUAAAUGUUAUGUCUGUUAUUUGCAGAUAUGGAGGAGAAGGUUGAAUACGUACUCAAGAUCAUAGACGAGGAUGGAGAAUCCUUUGCAAAGCGCGCUGAGAUGUACUACAGGAGGAGGCCUGAGCUUCUGAACUUCGUGGAAGAUUUUUUCCGGAGUUACAGAGCUUUGGCAGAGAGAUUUGAUCAUUUAUCCAAAGAUCUUCAGACUGCUAAUCGAACCAUUGCAACUGUCUACCCUGAGAGAGUUCAACUCGCGAUGGAAGAAGAAGAUGGAGAACAAUUUUAUGCAGAAUUAGGACCUCCAAAGGAAUCAAAUGAGCCUUCCAAAAGCUCACCAGCAGCCCCAAAGUUAAGUUUCCCAAAAGUUCCUUCAUUUGCCAAACGAAAUGCCAAACCAUCAAGGUUAAUGUCAAAGAAGGGGCUAAUAAAGUUCAAUGUUGAUGAUGAAAUUGCUGCUGCUCGUCCAAGAUCAGGCUUGAAAAAGUCCGAGGCACUCCAGGAAAUCGAUAAGCUACAGAAGGAUAUUUUGGCACUUCAGACUGAGAAAGAGUUCAUCAAGAGUUCAUAUGAAAAUGGUCUAGCAAAGUAUUGGGAGAUCGAGGAACGGGUCACUGUGUUGCAAUCUAAAGUUAGCAGCUUGCAAGAUGAGUUUGGUAUUGGUACAAUGAUCGAGGAUGAUGAAGCUCGGUCAUUGAUGACAGCCACAGCUCUGAACUCAUGCCAAGAGACCUUGGCUCGGUUGCAGGAAAAACAGAAGCAAUCAGUGGAAGAUGUUAUAGUUGAGCAUCAAAAGAUUUUAGAGGUCCUUGGGAAAUUUGAGACUCUUAAGGGAAAGGUUGUCAGUCGACUGCCUCAUCCACAGGUCCUCUCUGAAGUAAAUAAGUCUUCCAAUCGAGAUUCGGAAUUGAAGUUGCUGAACAGGCAAGUGGAAACUUCUGAAAGAAAGAAGCAUAAUGAAGAGACAGUGCAUAAGGAGCUGGUGGCUAGUUCUGGUAGUUCCAUGUCUGAUCUGGCAGAGAAGGUUGAUGAACUUGUAGAUAAAGUCAUAAACUUGGAAAGUGCUUUCUCUUCCCAGAAUGCAUACGUAAAUAGAUUAAGAGCGGAGACAAAUGAACUUCAUUCACAUCUGACCAAAGCGGAAGAGGAGAAGGGAACUUUGGUUGAAGAUACCGAGAGCAUGAGCAAGAGGAUCAGACAACUGGAGGAAGAACUUCUCAGGGUUCAGAAUCUCAAUGAAAGAUUUAGCUUCGAUGAUCUCUCUGAAAAAUUGAACAACAACAGGCAAGAUGAAGGUGUCAAAGUUACUUUGCCAUCCAAUAAAGUAAUCAAUAUUUCAGGAGUCGAUAAUGCAAAGCAGUUUCAAGCCCAUGGAGCAGUCAUACCUGGAGAAAAUGUUGUAGGUAGCUCCAAUGAUGUUGUCAGUAAGGAAUGUUUGAAGAAAGAAGGCUUGGAAGGACAGGAGGAUUGUCAUGAAGUUGACCAUCAAAACCUUGUUGAGAGUCACUUGAGCAGCAAUACUCGAUACGGACAGACAGGUGGCACUUUAGGUGCUAACCAGGGUGUUUCAGGUGUUGAAAAGGCGAAACAGUUUCAGGUUAAUGAAGCAACCAUUCCUGGAGAAGAUGUUCCAGGUAUCUCCAAAGGUGUUAGUAGUAAGGAGGGCCUGAAGAAAGAAGUCUUGCAACAACAGGAGGGUUGUCUUGAAGUUAACCAGAAAAACCUUGUCAAAAGUCACAUUAGCAAUGAUACUCGAGAUGGACAGACGGGUAUAACUUUAGAAGAUAACCAGGGAUCAGGGUUCACAGACAAAGAGAUGAUGAUGACCACCGCUAGUACCACAGGUAAAGAAGAGAAGUUUCCAAAAGCCGAUCUUCAGACUGAACAAGACAGUUUUAUCAAAAGUACCGUGGGAGAUUCUGCAGAUGUUGGGAUAGAAAAAGGGUCUGAUAAAAGCCACGGGCAUGUUACAGAUCAUGGUUCAUACACCAAAAAGAAUGAUGGAAAGGUCGAGCCAAGAGGGACAUACGACAGUGCAAAUAGAAGCAAUUUUCUUGGUUCUGCUCCUGGUUAUGAUGCAAUGAUCUCAACGGAUACCAAAAUGGGAGAGGAAGCAAAGAGACGAGAUAUCCUGGAUAAUCUCAUCCCCUUCAAAGGUGAAGCUGAGAAGUUUUUCGUAUCCGACCUUCAGAAUGACCAUGACGACUCAACCAAAAUUGGUUGUGUGAAGGAUGUGGAAGAGGUUAAGUUAGAAAAAGGGGUUGACAAAAGUCAACAAGUACAUGUUACAGAUCAUGGAUCACCUACCAAGAAAAAUGUCGAACAAAAGGGGGGAAAUAAUCUUGCAGACAGAAGGGACAUUUUCCCCAGUUCUAUCAAUGAUAAAGAAGAAAAGCAUUACAAAACCAACCAUCAGAAUCAUCUGAAUGACUUUAUACAAGAAGCUCCACCAAGGAAUUCUCCAGUUGAAAGUGAAAGCUUUCAUACGUCAAAUGAUGACUUGACCACAAAAAGAUACGCAGGAAAGGAAGAGCAAGCCAGGAUAAAAGAUGCUGCAGACAGGAGUGAUUAUUUUCACAUUGUUGAAGGUAAAGAAGAAACAUUUUACAAAACCCACGACCAGAAUCAUAUAAUGUAUUGUUCCCAAAAUUUGAUGCAAAUGAAGUCUGAUGAAAGUAAUCUACAUGUUUCAGAUAAUGAAUCUGCCAUCAGAAAAGAUAUGAGGAUGGAAGAGCAAGCAGGCACCAAAGAUAUUGCAGAGAAGAGUGGUCGUUUGCAAAUUCCUCCAGAAGGUAAAGAAGAAAAUAUUCAGAAAUCCAACCAUCGGGAUUACCAGUAUGAUCUCCCUGCAAAUGUUUCUAUAAGCAAAACUUCUAACACCAAGAUGGAGAAGGCCUUUCAUGAAAGUGAACCCGCACAUAAUUCAGAUGAUUCCGCAGCUAUCAGAGAAGAGAGAACAGAGGAACUAGCAGUAAAGGAUGCUUCACAUGAAAGUUUGUCUAUGAGUUCACCCUAUGAUUCAGAUAUCUCAAAAGACAUCAGAGUUGGACAGCAAGCAAGAAGAACAAACAUUACAGACAAGUUUGCUUCGUCUACUAGUGAAGAGGGAAGAAGUUUAUCCAAUGAUCUAUUGCAGGUUAGUCCAUCUGGAGCAACAUUAGAUGGAACUUCAAAAGGUGGAUCCAAUAAAGAUGUUCAUACAAUGAAUCAUCCUCGUCAUGAUUCAGUUUUCCUUGAAGACACGGAAAAAUCAGACCAAAGUGAAGAUACAAGAGCAUCGAGUAGCGGCUCAGGGAUCUCAAUCACUACGAACAACAAAGGUAGAGCAAAGGUAGGUGAUGAUCAUCAUCUCAAUAUGAAUGACAGCAAGCAAUCAGAUGAUCUUUCAAGAAGGAUGGAUUUCAAGAAUAAAAUCGAGUCGGAGGAGCAAAACAAUGAAUUCUCUCACAAUUUCAUUCAAGAAAAGCAAGAUGUUGACUUUCAACAAUCCAAUUGGCAUAACCAACUUGAAACACAUUCAGCAAGGGUCCACGUGAAAGAUAUCCCAGGCCCCGUCCCAGAUGAUGAGCUAGAAGAAUGGGGAAGUAUUUUAGAUAAUCUUCCAUCUGUCUUAAGUGAUUAUAAGAGAGAUGACCUACACAAGGAUGAGCUCCCAGAUCAAGAGAAUGGCAAAGAUUCAAGGAGGCAAGUGUUCAGGACAAUUCACAAUGAGCUCUACACGGAACAACAUGAAUCUGGAACAGAGGAUGACCAACCAAACUGGAGAGCACUGUUCCUAAACAGCCUGGAUGAUGACAGAGAGAAGAUACUACUUGAAGAGUAUACAUCAGUACUUAGAAAUUUCAAGGGUGUGAAGAUGAAGCUCAAUGAUGAGGAGAAGAAAAGGAGAGCUAGCCACUUCCAAUAUGUUGUGCAGAUGAAAGUUCUAAAGAAUGCUAAUGCCUUGAAGGAUGCACAGAUUCUAUCCUUACAGCAUAGAUUGAACUCGCUUCAGUCAAAAGACGUUGAAACAAUAAACUUCAAUGAAAUGCCAAAGGAAGCAACCUUCCAAGCUGCUGACAUGAGACAGGAAUCAACUGCACCAGAAGACAGAAGGAUCUCAGAUUUUGGGGAGGACAGCAGAGAUAUCAAAGUUACUGAUGUUGAUGAAACACAUUCCUUCACCACUGUUGAAGAGAAAGUACGGAUGGACAUUGAUGAUUUGCUGGAGGAAAACAUAGAGUUGUGGCUUAGAUUUAGCACCUCAUUUCAUCAACUACAUAAGUUUCAAACUUCAGUUCAGGAUUUACAAGAUGAAAUAAAUAAAGUGAGGGAAGAGCGCAAGCAAGAUACAGGUCUACCACAGUCGCUACUAUCAGGCAUUCGUCCAAUCUAUAGACAUCUAAGAGAGAUACAUACUGAGUUGACAUUGUGGUUGGACCAUAAUGCAGUGCUGAAAGAUGACUUACAGAACAGGUUAUCAUCUCUAUCUAACAUUCUCGAUGUGAUAACAAGAUUGUCAAGGUCCAAAGACAAUGAACCAGUGUUGAAUGCCUAUCAAGCAGCAAAGUUUCAAGGUGAGAUUUUAAACAUGAAGCAGGAGAACAAUAAACUAGCUGGUGAACUUGAAGUAGGGAUUGAAUGUAUCCGGAAACUUCAAAAUGAAAUCCAAAGCACACUGUCAAACCUGGAUGAAGAACUUGGGUUGAAAAAACAACCAGCAAGGCCUCGAUCCAAAAUUCCCCUAAGGUCCUUCUUGUUUGGAGUAAAGUUGAAGAGGCAGAGGCCGUCCAUAUUUUCCUGUGUGAAUCCAGCAUUGCAGAAACAGUACAGUGAUUUAUAACAGCACCAACAUAGAUCUUUUAUAACAGCAGUAGCCAGACAGACGUCUCUUCCCCCCCCCCCCCCCCCCUCUCUUCCUUCCCCUUUAGCACUGUUGUAGUCAAUUCUUAAUAGUUGAAAAUUAAUUUGAAGGAGAAAAGGUGUGUUGCCUUUUAUAGAGUAGAAUACCAGAUCUCCUCGUGUUUUAAAGCAUUGCCAUGUUCCUCCUUGCAACAACUUUUUUUUUCAGAUUCACCAAUUUCUGCAAACAACACAGCCAUUCUAAGACCUGGUUUCACAUAUUGAAUAACCGUGUACUUCAAUUGAUAUGAAUUUAUAGAUUUAGACAAGGUAGAACUUAUCUUCGUUGGUGAAAUGUCACACAUCAGUUCUCCUGAUCCGAUUUCGGGUCUUUGAACUUUUAGCACAACAUUUUGGAAACAACAAAAACGGAGUCUAACCAUAACCAUGUGUAAGCAACAUGUAACAGAUAUACCAAAACCACUUACUAAUGACAACACCUGGAGAUAUUCAACCUUCAACAAGAGAACAUAUGAAAGAAUUUUGAAUUGUCACCUAAUUAUAGACAAGAGAUUUAGGAGAAUACAUUUGCAAAGUUGAGGAUAAAAGUCAGCACAAAAUA